AAAAGCUCAAAUAGUCCAGCAAGCAAAAUAAUCCAAAAAGAAACAAGAUAAGAAGAAACCAAACUCGCAAAGAAACAAAAAGGAAAAAAAAAAAAAAAACGAAUUAAAAAAAGAAGAAAUAAAUCCUCCUUUUUAACACCUCAUUCCCUCUUUCUCCGGCACUCAAAAGAGACCAAAGAAGAAAACUUUAGCUCUCCUUUUUGUGUUUUCUCUCUUUUCUUUGUUGGUGUUCCGACAAUGGAGGAAGAAAGUAGCAGCUGGUUCAUUCCAAAGGUUCUUGUUCUGUCUGUAAUCUUAAGUCUUGUAAUAGUGAAGGGUAUGUCUCUGUUAUGGUGGAGACCAAGAAAGAUUGAAGAACAUUUCUCUAAACAAGGAAUUCGAGGUCCUCCUUAUCAUUUCUUCAUCGGAAAUGUUAAAGAACUUGUUGGAAUGAUGCUUAAAGCUUCUUCUCAUCCUAUGCCUUUCUCUCACAAUAUUCUUCCUAGAGUUCUCUCUUUUUACCAUCACUGGAGAAAAAUCUACGGUGCUACAUUUCUGGUUUGGUUCGGUCCAACUUUCCGGUUAACGGUAGCCGAUCCUGAUUUGAUCAGAGAGAUCUUCUCUAAGUCUGAGUUCUACGAGAAGAAUGAAGCUCACCCUUUGGUUAAACAACUUGAAGGCGAUGGACUACUUAGUCUCAAAGGUGAAAAAUGGGCUCAUCAUCGAAAAAUCAUUAGCCCUACUUUUCAUAUGGAGAAUCUUAAGUUGCUUGUACCAGUUGUGUUGAAGAGUGUGACUGAUAUGGUGGAUAAAUGGUCCGAUAAGUUAUCAGAAAACGGUGAAGUUGAGGUAGAUGUCUAUGAGUGGUUUCAGAUUUUGACUGAAGAUGUUAUUAGUAGAACAGCUUUUGGAAGUAGCUAUGAAGAUGGUCGAGCAGUUUUUCGACUUCAAGCUCAACAAAUGCUUCUUUGUGCUGAAGCUUUUCAAAAAGUCUUCAUUCCUGGCUAUAGAUUUUUUCCGACAAGAGGGAAUUUGAAGUCUUGGAAGUUAGACAAGGAGAUAAGGAAGUCGUUGUUGAAGCUGAUAGAGCGGCGGAGACAAAACGCUAUAGAUGGAGAAGGGGAAGAAUGUAAGGAGCCGGCGGCGAAGGAUUUGUUGGGAUUAAUGAUUCAGGCAAAGAAUGUGACGGUUCAGGACAUUGUGGAGGAGUGUAAAAGCUUUUUCUUCGCCGGGAAACAGACAACUUCUAAUCUGCUGACGUGGACGACCAUCUUGCUAUCCAUGCACCCGGAGUGGCAGGCCAAAGCACGUGAUGAGGUCCUCAGGGUCUGCGGCUCACGUGAUGUCCCUACCAAGGACCAUGUCGUUAAGCUUAAAACGUUGAGUAUGAUCUUGAACGAGUCUUUAAGGUUGUAUCCACCAAUAGUAGCUACGAUUCGACGCGCUAAAUCGGAUGUGAAGCUAGGAGGGUACAAAAUCCCAUGUGGCACGGAGCUUCUAAUCCCAAUCAUAGCGGUCCAUCAUGACCAAGCCAUUUGGGGUAAUGACGUGAACGAAUUCAAUCCAGCUCGGUUUGCGGAUGGAGUGCCGCGUGCUGCCAAACACCCCGUUGGCUUCAUACCGUUUGGCCUCGGAGUUCGUACAUGCAUUGGUCAGAAUCUUGCUAUACUUCAGGCCAAAUUGACACUCGCUGUAAUGAUCCAACGCUUCACCUUUCACUUGGCUCCUACUUAUCAGCAUGCACCUACCGUCCUUAUGUUGCUUUAUCCUCAACAUGGUGCACCAAUCACCUUCCGGAGAUUGACCAAUCAUGAGGAUUGAUGAAAGAUCUUCAACGGUCAAAAAUUUGUUCCGGACUUGGAAGAAAAAUGUCUCAAGCUUUCAUAACUGACAUGCUCUUUUUGUUGUCUUUUUUUUUUUUAACUUUCAUAAAUAUAUAGUUUUAACUUUCAAACCAUUGUUUUUUUUUUCAUUCCAUUUUUCUCUAAAAUUUAUUUUUAUCAGCUUCAAUUUGGGGUUUUCGGUUAUGCGCGCAGCUACUUAUGCUUUAUAAGCUUGGGAUAGUGAUGUUUGUUUUUUUUUCUUCCUAUUUUAAUCUAGGAGUAGGAACAUGAUUAACAUCAAAAAGAGCACUAACAAGUAUGUUAAAAAUUUGCUUCGAUUUGGUAUUUUGUAUGUAUUGUAACAUAUAUGGGUGUAAUUUCUACACAUUUUUCGUUUCAUGUUGUC